AUGCCUCUGUGCAUGGUGAUCUCCUGGGUCUACUCUGUAGCCAUGAUGAUCCAACACAUUGUGGCUGAGAAGGAGCACCGGCUCAAAGAGGUGAGACUGCCUGCAGCUACACUAGGGUCUCCGUGUGUGUCCCAAAUGGCAACUCCUUUAUAGUGCACUACAUUUGACCAGACCUCUGGUCAAAAUUAGUACACUAUAUAGGGAAAAGGGUGCUAUUUAGGAUGCAUAUCCUAUUCAAUGUCUGUCUGUGACAUUGGUGCAGCAACACUAAAGCCAUCUACUCUCUGCCUUUGUUCGGCAUCCUAUAGCAGGAUGAUGUCGCUCAUGUUUGUUGCCUCUCUUCUGCCCCCUGCUGGAUAAAUAUUGAUUUCAAUUAAAUGUUUUGUAUGCAUUUACCUCUUAUGGAAAGUAACUUGUAUCCUCCCUGCCUGACCUGUAGGUGAUGAAGAUGAUGGGCCUGAACAACGCGGUCCACUGGGUGGCCUGGUUCAUCACUGGGUUUGUCCAGUUGUCCAUCUCAGUGACCGCCCUGACGGGCAUCCUGAAGUACGGCCGGGUGCUCCUUCACAGCGACAUCUUCAUCAUCUGGCUCUUCCUCUCCAUCUACGCCAUCGCCACCAUUAUGUUCUGGUAAUGACACUACUACCGCUCUGAUGUUAGUCUAGUAAAAAGCAUGAGUUGACACACAGCCAAAAUAGUAGGAGAAGUGCAGACUAACAGACUAUUAUACUAUAAAGAACAAUUGUAAAUUUAACAAUUGAAUGAUUGGGAGCAUAUCUGCAACUUUCAACUUUUUCUAUGUCCCAGAUAGAAGUUGCCAUGGCCUUAGGCGCAGAUAUAGGAUCAGCUUACCUUCAUGAAAUUCUAACCAUUAUUGGGGAAAAAUGUGAAACUCAUUAUGGACCAGUGUCUAGGGGCAACUGAAACUUAGACUGGUCUCUCUCUCUCUCUCUCUCUCUCUCUCUCUCUCUCUCUCUCUCUCUCUCUCUCUCUCUCUCUCUCUCUCUGUUAUUGCUAUCCUCACUGAAAGCAGUGAUAUCAGAGCAGCAGUGAUGUCACACACAUUCAGGGUGUUAGCGAUUUAUCUAAUGAAUCACUCACUAUGAGUCACUAUGAUAUUUAACGGCUGAUUUGAUAAAAGUGGUUUCACUCAGUUUCACUUCAUGUCAAUGUUCGAUGAGGAAGAAAUUGCUAUCUCCUUAAUGUAUCAGACAGACAGUGACUCAGCUCCUUUGCAAGACGUCCUAAGGGAACGUGUCUGGUCGGUAAAUGCUAACAAAUAGGAACACUCUCUACCUAACUUUUCAACCAAGGUGCAUGGAUUGAGGAGCAAACUAAAAUGAAGAGGAAAUUCAGCACCUGUGAAUGCUUAACCUCAUCUCCAGGCUAUUGCCCAUUGGGCGAAAGUGUCUAGAAACAAGAUUAGUAAAUGCUUACAGUAUCUGUCUGUGUCCUGUCUGUGUAUGUCAGUUUCCUGGUGUCAGUGAUCUACUCCAAGGCCAAGCUGGCGUCAGCGUGUGGCGGGAUAAUCUACUUCCUCAGCUAUGUCCCAUACAUGUACGUGGCCAUCAGGGAGGAGGUGGCCCAUGACAAGAUCACUGCCUUCGAGAAGUGCAUCGCUGUAAGAUCUGGACUUUGUUCUCCUCCCUGACUCUCUCCCUCUCUGCUUUAUUCAUGACAUGGUAUUUUUUGGUCGUCACAUACUGUGCCCAUGUCUAGACUGUCUGGAUAUAUUUAAUGAGAGAAACAUCACCCCAGGCUCAUUGCUAGAUUUAGUUAUUUGUCUCUUUCACUGCGUCAAAUUGGCUUUUUCUGAGUGUCAAAGGUGUAUCAAAAUGUCCUUAAUCAUAACAAUUUCAAGCAAAGUAGUUGAAAGUCAGGAUGAAACAAAACUUCAAGAGGCGUGAAUUGCAAUAUUCUCUGACACAACCAAUCUGAAUCAGUCAGCUCUUGAAAGACAUUGAUCUUCAUACAUGUCAAUAGCUUUUAACACGUCCAUUGUCCUUAUUCCCAUUUUCUCCUCUCUCCAGUCUCUAAUGUCGACCACAGCGUUCGGCCUGGGCUCGAAGUACUUUGCCCUGUAUGAGGUGGCUGGGGUUGGCAUCCAGUGGCGCACCAUCAACCAGUCACCUGUAGAGGGCGAUGACUUCAACCUUGGCCUGUCCAUGAUGAUGCUCAUCAUCGAUGCUAGUGUGUAUGGAGUACUCACCUGGUACAUAGAGGCUGUACAUCCAGGUAAACAGUCAGCAUCCAAUUUGGAUUUCCAUUUUUCAAGUCUUUGGCUGCUAACUAAAAUCCCUCCCUUUUGUGUCCCUAUUUUGUAACUGACUGUCUGAAUAUGUUUUGGAAGCAAUUGGGCUGAAUCCCAAAUGGUUUUUUUCACCCAUCCUCUAGGGAUGUAUGGGCUGCCUCGGCCAUGGUACUUCCCCCUGCAGAAGUCCUAUUGGCUGGGCAGUGGGCGUGUGGAGACGUGGGAGUGGCCCUGGGGGGGAGGGGCCAGGCUGAGUGUCAUGGAGGAGGACCAGGCGUGUGCCAUGGAACACCGGCGAUCUGGUAGGGCCAAGCCUGACCUUGGACUUGGUUAGUGGAUAGUUAGUAGAAACAUUGUUGAUAGGUAGUUGAACAUCUUCUCAACAUCUAUAAAGCAUUGACUUGGGACUAUCCAAAUAAAGUGUUACCAAAAAGUCUAAUCUCAAAAUAAGGUUCUUCUCUGGUUCUGUAAUAGACAGCAUCUUUAUCCUCCCCUCUCUCUCUCUCCCUCUCUCUCCCUCCAGAGGAGAUCCGUGGUAUUGAAGAGGAGCCCUGCCACCUGCCUCUGGUGGUUUGUAUAGACAAGCUGACCAAGGUCUACAAGACGGGCAAUAAGCUGGCCCUCAACAAGCUGAGCCUCAACCUCCACGAGAACCAGGUGGUGUCCUUCCUGGGACACAACGGUGCCGGCAAGACCACCACCAUGUGAGAGAGAAAAAUGUGUGUGUGCCCACGUGUGUGUCAGAGGGUCCCCAGUUGUUUGUGUUAUGUUUACGUGUGGAUUUACAGAGAGACCCAGAGAGAUGUGUGUUGUAUGUUUUGGUAAGACUUUGUUUGAAGGGCUAUUCAUCAUCUGCUGAUAAACCAUAUUGUAGAUGAACUAUUUGUAAACAAUUGUCAUGUAAUGAUAAUUUAUAAACAAGCCAUACAUAAUGUUGGCUAUAACAUCACCAUAACGUUCCCGUAAUCUUUCCUUGACGUUCCCAUAUUAUUCCCUUAACAUUCCCAUAACAUCACCAUAAUGUCCACAAAAUGGCCUUCAAAUACAGUAUAACCUAUGUUUUACGUGUCCACUAACUAACCCUAGCACUAACUACCAUUGGUUCUCCACUACGAUCCCCAGGUCUAUUCUGACAGGUCUGUUCCCGCCCACCUCUGGCUCAGCCACCAUCUACGGCCAUGACAUCCGUACUGACAUGGAGCGUAUCAGGCAGAACCUGGGCAUGUGUCCACAGCACAACGUGCUCUUUGACAAGCUCAGCGUGGAGGAGCACCUGUGGUUCUACUCUAAACUCAAAGGCAUGGCCGAGGAAGACAUCCGCAAGGAGAUGGACAAGUACGUCACAUCCCAUGUUGAUGGUUUAACCAAAUCAAAGACCCUAAGGUGGUAACUAAUCUAUCAACAUGGCAUUAGAUUAGGAUCUCACCUCUUCAAAUUGAAGGGUGUAGAUAGUAUAUAUGUACAGUUGACAGCAAUGGAAGGAUAUGUAUAGUUUUGAAACAAAUGAUACCCAUCCACAGCCCAAAAGAAUUGAAAUGACCAUGAGUUGUGUGUAUGUUGUCAGGAUGAUAGACGAUCUAGAGUUGAAUAAUAAGCGUCACAGCCUGGUGCAGACCCUGUCUGGGGGGAUGAAGAGGAAGCUGUCCGUGGCCAUAGCGUUUGUGGGCGGCUCCCGGGCCGUCAUCCUGGAUGAGCCCACGGCGGGGGUGGACCCCUAUGCACGCAGAGCCAUCUGGGACCUCAUCCUCAAGUACAAACAGGGUGAGACAUGAUGCGUCAAACUCACACUCACAACAGGUGAGACAUAAUAAUAUAAUAUGCCAUUUAGCAGACACUUUUAUCCAAAGCGACUUACAGUCAUGUGUGCAUACAUUUUUACAUAUGGGUGGUCCCGGGGAUCGAACCCACUACCCUGGCAUUACAAGCGCCAUGCUCUACCAAUUGAGCUACAGAGGACCACGGUUGACAUGGGUCAACCACACUAAGGUUGCGUCUCAAAUGGCACCCUAUUCCCUAUACAGUGCACUGGUUUUGACCAGUGUCACCCUGUUCCCUAUACAGUGCACUGACACUUACAAAACACAUAUUGAUGUAUAUUAAAAUACAAUUGUGUUUCUAGGUCGCACCAUUCUGUUGUCCACCCACCACAUGCAUUGACACGUGACAAAACAUUAGGAACACCAGCUCUUUCCAUGACAGGUGAAAGCUAUAAUACCUUAUUGAUGUCACUUGUGAAAUCCACUUGAAGCAGUGUAGAUGAAGGGGAGGAGACAGGUUAAAGAAGGAUUUUUAUGCCUGGAGACAAUUGAGACAUACUGUAGAUUGUGUAUGUGUGCCAUUCAGAGGGUGAAUGGGCAAGACAAUAGAUUGAAGUGCCUUUGGACAUCCAGCCAACUUGACACAACUGUGGAAGCAUUGGAGUCUACAUGGGCCAGCAUCCCUGUGGAACGCUUUCGACACCUUGUAUAGUACAUGCCCGACGAAUUGAGGCUGUUCUGAGGGCAACACCUUCAAUAUUAGGAAGGUGUUCCUAAUGUUUUGUACACUCAGUUUAUAUUGAAAGAGAAACAUUUCAACUGUGUUUCUAGGUCGCACCAUCCUGCUGUCCACCCACCACAUGGAUGAGGCUGACCUGUUAGGAGACCGCAUAGCCAUCAUCUCCCAUGGAAAACUCAAGUGCUGUGGCUCCCCACUCUUUCUCAAGAGCACAUACGGAGACGGCUACAAACUCACCCUGGUUAAGAAACAGAGUGAGAGCGGAGGUGAGGCUUUCCCCAUAUAUGUUUAUAUGUGUGCUUCUCUUUUUCAUUUUGUCACUAGCUGUCUCAGUCUAUUAUCAAUCACAGCCUUCCUCUGUCCCUCACUUUUAGAAUAUGAUGGAUUUGUUCUCUAUCAGUGGAGGCUGCUGAGGGGAGGACGGCUCAUAAUAAUGGCCGGAAUGGAGUGAAUGCAAUCAAACACAUUGAAACCAUGUGUCUGAUGUAUUUGAUACCAUUAAACUGAUUCCGCUCCAGCCAUUACCACAAGCCUGUCCUCCCCAAUUAAGGUGCCAUCAACCUCCUGUGUUCUCUAUAAUAUCCUUUACUUUCUCUUUCAAAGUCUUUGAACAUGUACAGCUAGUAUUUUGCCUCUGAAAAGUCUCUUUGUCCUCUACUUUUCCCGCUGCCCCACUCUCUGCUCACACCUUGUCCUCCUUUCCCUCCCUCCAUCCAUCAUGCUGUGUGUUUGUGCUUCCAGACCAGGUCACCCAGCCCCAGCCUCCCUCCACCCUGUCCCCUUCCUCCUCCUCCCUGUCCCCUUCCUCCUCCUCCCUGUCCCCCUCCUCAUCCUCCCUGUCCCCCUCCACCUCCUCCUCCCUGUCUCCCUGCUCGGAGGCCCGGGUUACCCAGUUCAUUCGUCAGUUUGUGGGGUCCUGUCUGCUGCUGUCUGACUCCAACACUGAGCUAUCCUACGUGCUGCCCUCUGAGGCUGUCAAGAAGGGCUGCUUCGAGAGGCUAUUCCAGGUACACACUCAGACAGACACAGACCUAGAGAUGAAGGUACACACACUCAGACAGACAUACAGACAAAGACCUAGAGACUCUUUCAGGUACUCACUUAGACAGACAGACUCAGACUGUAUCCCAAAUUGCACCCUAUUCCCUUUAUAGUGCACUACUUUUGACCAGAGCCCAUAUUUCCUAUUCCCAGGCAUUGGAGCAGAAUCUGGCCAUCUUGGCUCUGACCAGCUUCGGGGUGAUGGACACCACUCUGGAGGAGGUCUUCCUCAAGGUGUCUGAGGAGGACCAGUCCCUGGAGAACAGUGAUGCCGGUGAGACCAAAGAAAUAUGCCUUUACUUCUAUGGGUACACUCAAAAUGGCUGCCAGUCCACCAAUUUUUGCUUAAUUUACUUGAAUAGGGAUGUCCAUUCUAGUGAUUAUAUUUUUGUGUGUGGGACCAAAGCCCAGUGUGUCUGUCUGCGGCUACACAGAUCAAUAAAGUUAUUUUAGGAGGGCUUCAUUACAUUAAUAAUGAUACACAUCAUGAAUUUCAUUUCUGCUGAGUCUGCAAACAGUGUUUGCGUUGCCAGAUAGCUAAAUGCUGAUAUAGACUUUUCACAAGUUAUCUAUUUAGUGUUGGUGUUGCAUAUCUCUUUAAAUGUUAAUCAUGAUCUCUUAAAUUCUCUCUCCUCCCAGACAUGAAGGAUUCCCCAGGCGGUAUCUCAGUGGGGAAACCUGCUGAUGCCAUGGGUCUGCGGUGCUCUGGAAAGCCACAGGUAGGGAUUAGUUCAACUCAUGCCUUUCAGAAUUGAUUAUUAGUUGAUGAUUGUAGUCCCCUGUAGCUCAGUUGGUAGAGCAUGGCACUUGCAACGCCAGGGUUGUGGGUUCGUUUCCCACGGGGGGCCAGUAUGAAAAUGUAUGCACUCAUUAACUGUAAGUCACUCUGGAUAAGAGCGUCUGCUAAAAUGACAAAUAAUAAUAAAACAAUAUCAUUUAUUUAAACAAAUUAAACUUUCUAGUAAUGCUAAUUUUCUAAUUGAUAGAGACACCCUUGGUUGACUAAUUAAUGAAUCGAUUAAUCUAACUUACCCAUCUCUCAUCCCUGCGAUAGACUUGCGUCCUGUCCAGGGGGUGUACUUCUACAUCAAGCUGCCUCACGCUAACAUGAGAUGGGCUACUGCUAGGCCGUUCUAGAUCAGACAAGGCUUACUCAUUUUACUUGCUUUAUCCCUAUCCGCAGGGUGAUGGGGUUCCGGGGCAGGGGGCUACUGCGGGGGGAAGCAGCAGUGUGGAGAGGCCAGAGGUAGAGCUCUCUAGCCUGGUGAUGUGCUCCAGGCUCAGCCAGAGCCAAUCCUCCCUGCGCUCCUCCUCCUCCCUGGGGUCCGUACGGGGGAAUGAGGAAGGGCUCUACGCAGACUUCUACGGAGACUACUGCCGCCUCUUCGACAAUGGACAGGACCCUCACUCUACCAGCCUGAGGGGUAAGAGUCCCACUGUUGGAUGAGGAGACUGAUGGACUUCGAGAGGGUGUUACUCAGUGAAUACCUUUUUUUAUCUUCGUUAUAUUUAACCAGGGGGCAAUGAGCUAUAGUAUGGUUGGAUGAGCUUAUGAGAGUUAUUUUACUCUGUGUGAGGUGUUUUUAGGCUUUGCUAAUGUCUCUCUUUGUCUCUCUCCAUCUCUCUCUACCUCCAGCGGAUGCGGAGGAAGCCUCCCCUGAGCCUGUGGUCCUGGAGGGGCAGGGCAGCUUCAAGCUGGAGGGCUGGUGGCUGAAGCUACGCCAGUUCCACGGCCUGAUCGUCAAGAGAUUCCACUGCGCCAAGAGGAACACCAAGGGCCUCUUCUCUCAGAUCCUGCUGCCCGCAUUCUUCGUCUGCGUGGCCAUGACUGUCGCACUGUCUGUGCCUUCCAUCGGUGAGGACAACUACAAGUGACAUUACAUUUGGACAUUUUAGUCAUUUAGCAGGCACUCUUAUCCAGAGUGUAGUCAACUAAGUUUAGUAGGAGAAAACAACCAUAUAUCACAGUUAUUGCAUGUAGACUCUUCUUCGAAAUAGCCACUAUGAGCAGAAUCAGUGGCAGGAAGAAGAAGAAAAGUGCAGGUGUGAGUGCACGAAAGACAAGUACCGUUUGUUUCCCCUCCCAAGUUCAACUACAAAUGACUUUGCUGUUUGUCAGUGUUUGUAGGUCAUCGUUGUGUGAUGUCUUUCUUCUGUUCUUCAGGAGAUCUGCCACCACUGAUCCUGUCCCCAUCCCAGUACCACAACUACACCCAGCCCCGUGGCAACUUCAUCCCCUACGCCAACGAAGACCGCCCACAGUACAGGUCAGACAGACACUGGGAGUAGGAGACUGUAUGUCACUCAUGCUAACGUAUACACAAUGUAAAUGCAUUGUUUUACACAUCCCAAAUCGUAUCCUUCGUUCUGACAAGUAUUAUUAUUAGUUCAUUUGUGCAUCUUAUCUGAGUCUCAGUUAUCACCCAUCAUACACAAAAUCUACAGGCCAUGGAUGUUGUAAAGCUUCCGUCUGUAGCUUUAAAACAGCCUCCUGUUCUUCCUCUCCUCAGGAGUAAACUGUCCCCAGAUGCCAGCCCUCAGAAGAUCGCCAACACACUGCGUCUGCCAUCUGGCGUGGGUGCCACCUGCGUCCUCAAAACGCCCUUCAACAGCACCCUGGACCAGCUGGCACAGACGCUCAACCCCAGCGCCAACAACAGCAAGACCCUGGCCGCCCGCUACUUUGACUCCAUGUGUCUGGACUCCUUCACCCAGGGAGUGCCCCUGUCCAACUUCGUACCCCCUCCCCCCUCGCCAGCCCCCUCCGACGACCCUGACACUCGCUUUGACGAUGGGCUGUGGAACUUCACUGCCACCACUCCUACCACUGUCAGGGGUAAGUCUUUGCGCCCCUCCCACCACUGUGCUCAAUUCUCAGGUGGUAAAAACUAUCUAAAAGGUUAUUUUUUAUACUUUGUAUGUAGGCUAAUACUUUAUCAAAUCAUACUGUAUUAUAGUACAUGUACACUCUGUCAUAUAAUAGCAUUAUAUCACAUUAUAUAAUUGUAUUUGAUAGCUACAGUGGAGUCCUGUGUCGGCCAUUCUGUCUCAGACAAGGCUUAUUUACCUACUCUACUUACUAGAGUCCUGUACAGUAGUCUCCCUAAACAUCCUGCCUCUGUCUGUGUGUCUGUCUUCAGAAACAGUGACUUCUCCCCCCACCCUGCCUCUGUCCAUCCGGGAGCCUGUUCGUUGUAUCUGCUCCAUGCAGGGUACGGGCUUCUCCUGCCCCAGCGGGGUGGGGGGGCGGCCGCCCCUCAUGAAGGUGGUCACCGGGGACAUUCUGGUAGACAUCACCGGGCGCAACGUGUCAGAGUAUCUCCUCUACACCUCCGACAGACUGCGCCUGCACAGGUAACAGACUAAUCGGGGUCGGGCAGCGACGCAUACACACACUUUCAAUAUCUUAUUUUCUCUCUCCCUCCCUCUCUCCUAGAUAUGGAGGACUCACAGUAGGCAACAUACAGAAAUCAGUCCCAGCAUCCUUUGGGAAAAAGACUCCGCCCAUGGUUCGCAAAAUAGCAGUGCGCAGAUCAGCUCAGGUGAGCAGAAGGGCAUUUUCUUGAAAGGGCGAGGGUGUAGUGCACUAUAUAGGGAAGAGGGUGCCAUUUGAGACGGAACUCUAGUGUCAGUUUGAUGGACAGGUUUAUUAUGACACUUAGCUAUUUGCGCUGCUGUGUCAUUGCCAGUGACAGAAUUGUCCCCUCCCAAUAGGUGCUGUUCAAUAAUAAAGGGUACCACAGCAUGCCAACCUAUCUCAACGUCCUCAACAAUGCCAUCCUGCGUGCCAACCUGCCUCCAGGCAAGGGCAACCCUGCUGCAUACGGUAAGAGAUGCUGUCCAUGGGGAGUGGGGACAUACCGGUAACUGCCAAAAUAAAGGAAACACUUGAGUAAAUGAGGGAUACAAAGUAUAUUGAAAGCAGGUGCUUCUACACAGGUGUGGUUCCUGAGGUAAUUAAGCAUGUUUAGGGUGAUGUAUGAGAAUGCCCAGUUGCCCAUUAUUCUGGCAACCAUGGCUAGAAGAGACCUCAGUGACUGUUAAAGAGGGCUCUCAAAGGAGCAUAGGGCUUUUUAAAGGUGUGUGUGUAUGUGUGUCCGUCACCUGAUCUCAACCCAGUUGAGAACUUAUGGAAGCUUCUGGAGCAUUUUCCACCACCAUCAACAAAACACCAAAUGACGGAAUUUCUCAUGGAAGAAUGGUGUUGCAUAGAGUUACAGACACUUUUUGAAUCAAUGCCAAGGCACAUUGAAGCUGUUCUGGCGGCUCGUUGUGGCCCAAGACACUUUAUGUCAGUGUUUCUUUUAUUUUGGCAGUUACCUAUACAUACUCAGAAGCCUGGUUCCAGAUCCGUUUUUUAUCUUGCCCACUCCAUUGCUGUCAAGGCAAUGACAAUGAGUGACAACACAUAUUAUCUAUAUACUGACAAGAUACUGGACUGACCACUCUAACAAUGGGAAUAAAUGAAGGCAGACGCGGGGAAAAUGUUUGCCAAUGAGAGGGCCAAUACAGGCACAACUCCGAUAUAAAAUCGUUUUUCUCAAAGUUGCCAGAAUGCCACUUAUAUCAAUACAUUCGUAAAAACCUAAACAUUACAAAACUUCUAUUAGAUCAAAUAACCAAAUUCGACCUCCAUACAAAAAAUCCCCACUUGGUCUGCUUCACGCUGUAUUUUCGCACGGACAGAUUUAGGGCGGAGUCAAGACUCUCACUUCACCUCUUCCUCUCAGGCGACAAGGAGUUGGCAUUAUAACACAAACAGGCUGGCACUCUGGCUGGGAUUAUUUGAAUUGGAUAGAUUGUUUAUGUGAAAAUGUAUUUUCAAAGUUCCUUGUAUUAGUAUCUGGGGAUCUUCUAUGGGGAUGUACAGUAUCUGUUCCCAUCUAAACCCUGUUGUUGAUGUGUGUUUGGUUCUGCAGGAAUCACACUGACCAACCACCCCAUGAACCGCACCAGUGCAAGCCUCUCUCUGGACUAUUUGUAAGAAUUUAUGCAUUGAGUUACUGUAUAUUAUACUGUAUGUGGCACAACAUUUCUGAAAAGUACCUGACAGUGUCUCAAAUGGCACGCUACUCCCUAUUGCACUAUAUAGGGGAUAGGGUGCCAUUUGGGAUGCAGACCCUGUCUUAGUAAGUUUUCUCUUGGUCCCUCCAGGCUCCAGGGCACUGAUGUGGUGAUAGCUAUCUUCAUUAUCGUGGCCAUGUCCUUUGUACCAGCCAGCUUUGUGGUCUUUCUGGUGGCAGAGAAGUCGACCAAGGCCAAACACCUGCAGUUUGUGUCUGGAUGUGACCCUGUCAUCUACUGGUUGGCUAACUAUAUAUGGGACAUGGUGAGGGGGGUUGAAGUGUGUUAUUGUGUGCGUUCUCCCUAUAGCCGUACUCUCUGAAACAAGUCCAACCAGGGCCUGUCUGUCUUCUGUCUGUUUGUACUGUUCAUCCACAGAGGGAACUAUGAAUAUUUGAGUGAUAUUGUCUAUUUCUGCCAGCCUAUCGAACUGAAACUCUGCUGUCUCUCUCUGCCUCUUAGUUGAACUACUUGGUGCCAGCCACGUGCUGUGUCCUUAUCCUGUUUGUCUUUGACCUUCCUGCGUAUACAUCCCCAACCAACUUCCCUGCGGUCCUGUCUCUUUUCCUCCUCUACGGGUGAGUGCACUUCACUGAAGACCCAUUAUGAGGGAUAUGCAGAAAAAUAGCUUUUGGAUUUAGGUAACUUGGGAAAAAAGCAUAUAUAUUGUUCCCUUGAUGACAUCAUUUAAGAACAGUAAUGCAUUAUUCAUAACUGUCUUUGACGAUAUCAAGAAACUGUAAUGAAUGUUUAAUGAUUAUGGCCUAUUAUCAUUCAUCCUUUCUUUCUUCUUUCUUAGGGAGGAGGGAUGGAGUGGGGGAGGUAGGGGGAGGGAGGAGUGGGGAUGGGUAGGGAGGGCGGGGAGUAGGGCAUGGAGUACGGGAGGGAGAGAGGAUAGCUCGCAUCGUGCGCGAGAGAUAGCUUCGUAUAUGCUCUAUCUCUAUCUCUCUCUCUCUCUUGCUAUAUCGUCUCUCUCUAUCUCUCUCUAUCUCUCUCUAACUCUCUCUCUCUCUCUCUCUCUCUCUCUCUCCCUCCCCCUUCAGGUGGUCUUCACUCCUAUCUAUCUGUACCCGCCUCCUUCUGUUUCGAGUGCCUAGGCCACGGGCCUAUGGUUCCCAUCGUCAUCAACCUUUCAGAGGCAUAACUGCCACAGUGGCCACCUUCCUGCUGCAGCUCUUUGAGCAUGACAAGGUGUGUUUCUUACUCUGCUGACAGUAUUGAUGUACUGACAUCUUUCCCCAAUGAUUUUCUGAAAUUCCAGUUGGAAGUUGCCGAAAAUCAGGAGGGAAGAAGCAGAAAUCCAGAAACUUCCAACCAGGAUUUCUGAAAAACCUAAGAAUUUUGGUGAAGAUUACCAGAAUUUUGCAACCCUAUAUUGAACAUUUCCUCACACCACUGUCUUUUGGUCUCUCCCUGCAGGAUCUGAAACUGGUGAACAGCUACCUAAAGUCCUGUUUCCUUAUCUUCCCAAAUUACAACCUGGGUCACGGCCUGAUGGAAAUGGCAUACAACGAAUACAUCAAUGAGUACUAUGCUAAAAUAGGUAUUGUUACAGUUCAAUUAUAUUUAAAGUUCUGUACAUUUAUAUUUGUCCUGUCCAGGGGGUGUACUCAAGCUGCCUCAUGCCACAGAAUCAGGAGAUAGGCUCCUGCCCUAUGGGCCAUAUUGGCUUGGAUAAGGCUUACUUACUUACUUAUUUGAAUCCUGCCCUCCUCCUGUUGAAUUUAAUCAAUCUAUUCAAUCUCUCUUAAAUAUUUCUCUCUCAGGUCAGUUUGACAAGAUCAAGUCUCCAUUUGAGUGGGACAUUGUGACUCGAGGGCUGGUAGCCAUGACAAUCGAGGGCUUUGUAGGAUUCUUCAUCACCAUCCUGUGCCAGUACAACUUCCUCAGGAAACCCUCGUGAGUGUGUCUGCUCAUGUGUGUAGGCGCAUGCAAAUGUGCUAUAUGUGCAAUGUGAAUGCGUUAGUGUGUGUGUGUGUGUUACACCAAUAUGAUCCACUGCAGUGCUCUAGUUCUGUGCAGCCCCUGAGUGUUUGUGUGUGUGGUGUGUGUGUGUACUGUAACAGGAGAGUACCAGUGAGCAGCCAGCCCAUAGAAGAUGAUGAUGUGGAUGUGGCCUGUGAGAGACGGAGAGUGCUGAGAGGAGAUGCUGACAACGACAUGCUGAAGAUUGACAACCUCACCAAGGUCAGACAGACACAGAGAACCCAAUGUGCUUUAUUUAGCUUCAGGACCAGAAUAGAUCAGUGUAUAGUAGGUUUAAUCAAUAUAGCAUUAAGGUCAACUGAGUAUCAAUAGACACUAAGGGUAAUGCGGAGCGAUUUGUGCUUUUGAGGUUGUUUCGGUUCGAUUAUUUUUUUUAAAGAUCACGGUUUUCGGUUUCUAUAUAUUUUUUAAACAUUAAAUGCACUUUACAUUAUGUGGGUUGAAUGCUAUAACAACACAGAAUAAAACAAUUAAUACAAGUCCCAUGAUGGUAGUGACUGCCCAUUACUGCUUAUCACUUAUUAACCAUAAUUUAUUCACAUUACUGUACUUUAAUAAAAUAUUUCAGUUGUUGUGUAUAUCACAUUUGUUUUAUUUGAUGACUUUAUUAUUUCAUUCCAAGUCAUCUUAUCUCUAUAGAGCUGCUGUCUGACAAAAUCCCUAUUUUAAUAGUUCUUCAAAGUAAAUAAAGCAUACUUUUAUGACUGCUGAACUAUCAAUCACUUAGAUCAGGGAUGGGCAAUAUAUAUACACUACCAGUCAAAAGUUUGGAGACACCUACUCAUUCCUGGGUUUUUCUUUAUUUUUACUAUUUUCUACAUUGUAGAAUAAUAGUGAAGACAUCAAAACUAUGAAAUAACACAUACAGUGGGGGAAAAAAGUAUUUAGUCAGCCACCAAUUGUGCAAGUUCUCCCACUUAAAAAGAUGAGAGAGGCCUGUAAUUUUCAUCAUAGGUACACGUCAACUAUGACAGACAAAUUGAGAAAAAAAUAUCCUGAAAAUCACAUUGUAGGAUUUUUUAUGAAUUUAUUUGCAAAUUAUGGUGGAAAAUAAGUAUUUGGUCACCUACAAACAAGCAAGAUUUCUGGCUCUCACAGACCUGUAACUUCUUCUUUAAGAGGCUCCUCUGUCCUCCACUCGUUACCUGUAUUAAUGGCACCUGUUUGAACUUGUUAUCAGUAUAAAAGACACCUGUCCACAACCUCAAACAGUCACACUCCAAACUCCACUAUGGCCAAGACCAUAGAGCUGUCAAAGGACACCAGAAACAAAAUUGUAGAGCUGCACCAGGCUGGGAAGACUGAAUCUGCAAUAGGUAAGCAGCUUGGUUUGAAGAAAUCAACUGUGGGAGCAAUUAUUAGGAAAAGGAAGACAUACAAGACCACUGAUAAUCUCCCUCGAUCUGGGGCUCCACGCAAGAUCUCACCCCGUGGGGUCAAAAUGAUCACAAGAACGGUGAGCAAAAAUCCCAGAACCACACGGGGGGACCUAGUGAAUGACCUGCAGAGAGCUGGGACCAAAGUAACAAAGCCUACCAUCAGUAACACACUACGCCGCCAGGGACUCAAAUCCUGCAGUGCCAGACGUGUCCCCCUGCUUAAGCCAGUACAUGUCCAGGCCCGUCUGAAGUUUGCUAGAGUGCAUUUGGAUGAUCCAGAAGAGGAUUGGGAGAAUGUCAUAUGGUCAGAUGAAACCAAAAUAUAACUUUUUGGUAAAAACUCAACUCGUCGUGUUUGGAGGACAAAGAAUGCUGAGUUGCAUCCAAAGAACACCAUACCUACUGUGAAGCAUGGGGGUGGAAACAUCAUGCUUUGGGGCUGUUUUUCUGCAAAGGGACGAGGACGACUGAUCCGUGUAAAGGAAAGAAUGAAUGGGGCCAUGUAUCGUGAGAUUUUGAGUGAAAACCUUCCAUCAGCAAGGGCAUUGAAUAUGAAACGUGGCUGGGUCUUUCAGCAUGACAAUGAUCCCAAACACACCGCCCGGGCAACGAAGGAGUGGCUUCGUAAGAAGCAUUUCAAGGUCCUGGAGUGGCCUAGCCAGUCUCCAGAUCUCAACCCCAUAGAAAAUCUUUGGAGGGAGUUGAAAGUCUGUGUUGCCCAGCGACAGCCCCAAAACAUCACUGCUCUAGAGGAGAUCUGCAUGGAGGAAUGGGCCAAAAUACCAGCAACAGUGUGUGAAAACCUUGUGAAGACUUACAGAAAACGUUUGAUCUGUGUCAUUGCCAACAAAGGGUAUAUAACAAAGUAUUAAGAAACUUUUGUUAUUGACCAAAUACUUAUUUUCCACCACAAUUUGCAAAUAAAUUCAUUAAAAAUCCUAGAAUGUGAUUUUCUGGAAUUUUUUUCUCAUUUUGUCUGUCAUAGUUGACGUGUACCUAUGAUGAAAAUUACAGGCCUCUCUCAUCUUUUUAAGUGGGAGAACUUGCACAAUUGGUGGCUGACUAAAUACUUUUUUUCCCCACUGUAUAGAAUCAUGUAGUAACCAAAGAAGUGUUAAACAAACAGAUUCUUCAAAUAGCCACCCUUUGCCUUGAUGACAGCUUUGCACACUCUUGGCAUUCUCUCAACCAGCUUCAUGAGGUAGUCACCUGGAAUGCAUUUCAAUUAACAGGUGUGCCUUCUUAAAAGUUAAUUUGUGGAAUUUAUUUCCUUCUUAAUGCGUUUGAGCCAAUCAGUUGUGUUGUGACAAGUGCAGUUGCAAAAACCAUCAAGCGCUAUGAUGAAACUGGCUCUCAUGAGGACCGCCACAGGAAAGUAAGACCCAGAGUUACCUCUGCUGCAGAGUGUAAGUUCAUUAGAGUUACCAGCCUCAGAAAAUGCAGCUCCAAUAAAUGCUUCACAGAGUUCAAGUAACAGACACAUCUCAAAAUCAACAGUUCAGAGGAGACUGCGUGAAUCAGGCCUUCAUGGUCGAAUUGCUGCAAAGAAAACACUACUAAAGGACACCAAUAAGAAGAAGAGACUUGCUUGAGCCAAGAAACACGAGCAAUGGACAUCAGACCGGUGGACAUCUGUCCUUUGGUCUGGAGUCCAAAUAGGAGAUUUUUGGUUCCAACAGCCGUGUCUUUGUGAGACGCGGUGUGGGUGAACGGAUGAUCUCCGCAUGUGUAUUUCCCACCGUAAAGCAUGGAGGAGGAGGUGUUAUGGUGUGGGGGUGCUUUGCUGGUGACACUGUCUGUGAUUUAUUUAGAAUUCAAGGCACACUUAACAAGCAUGGCUACCACAGCAUUCUGCAGCAAUAUUCCAUCCCAUCUGGUUUGGGCUUAGUGGGACUAUCAUUUGUUUUUCAACAGGACAAUGACACAACACACCUCCAGGUUGUGUAAGGGCUAUUUUAUCAAGAAGAAGAGUGAUGGAGUACUGCAUCAGAUGACCUGGCCUCCACAAUCCCCUGACCUCAACCCAAUUGAGAUGGUUUGGGAUGAGUCGGACCACAGAGUGAAGGAAAAGCAGCCAACAAGUGCUCAGCAUAUGUGGGAACUCCUUCAAGACUGUUGGAAAAGCAAUCCAGGUGAAGCUGGUUGAGAGAAUGCCAAGAGUGUGCAAAGCUGUCAUCAAGGAAAAGGGUUGCUAUUUGAAGAAUCUCAAAUAUAAAAUAUAAUUUGAUUUGUUCAACACUAUUUUGGCUACCACAUGAUUCCAUAUGUGUUAUUUCAUAGUGUUGAUGUCUUCACUAUUAUUCUACAAUGUAGAAAAUAGUAAAAAUCAAGAAAAACCCUGGAAUGAGUAGGUCUCAACUUUUGACUGAUACUGUAUAUCCUUUUUUUAGGAACUGAGUCGGGGUCUCAAUUUACUGUGGCGAGUUUGAAUAGUAGAAUACAAAUUUCGAAAUGUGGUUGUGCAUCAGCAGUUUUUCUCUUGUUAUGUCAGUCACUGACAGUCAUUCAAUUAGCCCGCGUCAACUAACAUUUUAUAGAUGUAAGUCAGUCUAGUGGCCAGCUAUCUAAACUUAGUAACCAUUGAUUUUGUUAGUCAGUCUCACUCAGAUAUCAUAUUGUAAAAUAGCUCAUUUUCCUCUUCGCCCCAUGGCAAAAUGUGUAGAAUUGCACGAUAUUAACUCUAAAAUGUAUUGAUGUAGGCCUGCGAGCAACUGCGGCCACUCAUGAUCAAAGUUUCACAUCCCUGACUGAGAUAAUGUAUUUUCAGUUAGAGAUACCUCACGAAGCAACUGCUCUCUAUCCCUUUCUAUCGCACAUUCUUCUCUCUUCUCUCCCUCUCUGUGUCUGCCCCACACUAACGUAGCAGGCGUAAAAGAAACACACGGAACGGAAAAGUAGGCGCGCAAUGGAUUAUGGUUAUUGUAGUUAAUUAACACGUUUUCUGCGCUAAACUAUGUAGAAUAUUGGCCUGUUGGAAACUACAACUCCCUACUACAUCGCACAGUUCGGGCUUGAUCUGAUUUAUCUCUACAGAAACUGGCACUAUGCGCAUUGAGCUCACAGAAAAAAACAAAUGAAAUGGAAUUCAAAUUAUUUAACUGAUGUCAUCAAUUAGUUGUUUAAAAACUGAAAAAUAACCACAAUUUUGGUUAAUCGCUCAGCACUAACUAGCGGCAACAUUUUUGUGGUGUAAAACAGAACAGAUCUGUGCAAAAAAUACUGUGAACCUCAUUAUAAUCUGGCAGCAUGAUUUGAAUUAGACAUUUUUCUUCAACAAUGGCAUUACAAGGAGGCAAUUUAAACUUUAGAGUUAUGUAAACUGAACAAUGCAUAAAUAGCCACCUCCUUAUACCAUGCGCUGUGUCACUAGGUGUACAAGUCGAGGAAGAUGGGGCGUAUCUUGGCUGUUGACCGGCUGUGUUUGGGUGUGCGUCCUGGGGAGUGUUUCGGCCUCCUGGGGGUGAACGGAGCAGGGAAGACCACCACCUUUAAGAUGCUGACUGGAGACGAGAGCACCACGGGAGGAGAGGCUUUCAUAGGGGGAAAUAGGUAUUUUACAUAUAUACCAGGGAUCUGUACCAAAUUGCACCCCAUUCCCUUUAUAGUGCACUACUUUUGAUGGGCCCUGGUCAAAAGUAGUGCACUAUAUAGGGAACAGGGUGCCAUUUGGGACGCACACCAGAUGGGUCUUUAGGCACAAUGCUAACACAAAUCUCAAUGCUUUAUGCUAGUCUUAGUAAAAGUUGAUAUCAGAUACUGGUAGUGUAGCCUACCUGAGAUUGAUACAGAAGUGGUUAUUGCUAAUGCCAUGUCUCAGUGUGUUAUGCUAGUUUUAGUAACAAAUCUGUAUAUACAUUACGUCAUUUAGCAGACGCUCUUAUCCAGAGUGACUUACAAGUUAGUGAGUGCAUACAUUUUCAUACUGGCCCCCCGUGGGAAACGAACCCACAACCCUGGCAUUGCAAGUGCCAUGCUCUACCAACUGAGCUACAGGGGACUUGAAGGAAUACAGUAUUUGUCAAAUUAACGUCAAAAGUAUAUAUUAUUUGCAUUUUAGUUAACCUAACCCUUUUCCUAAUCUAACCUAAUUCUCCUAACCUGCUGCAUAAAUUCUCCUGACCUGCUACGAAAAGUAAAAUCUGACGUUAAGUAUAUCAUGGCCCGUAUACAUAAUGUGUCUCAGGAGUGCUGAUCUAUAAUCAGUUUUAGCCUUUUAGAUCAUAAUGAAUAAGACUAUAUGGACAGGGAGGACCUGAGCCUUGAUCAGUGCUCCUACUCUUAGACGCUUUAUGAAUACGGGCCCAGGUACUGUUGUUGAUCUGUGUUGUGUUGUCAGUAUCCUGAGGGAGCUGUUGAGAGUGCAGCAGAGCAUUGGUUACUGCCCUCAGUUUGAUGCCUUAUUUGAAGACCUGACAGCCAGAGAGCACCUGGAGCUGUACACACGUCUCCGAGGCAUCCCCUGGAAGGACGAGCAGAGGGUACGGCUACUACACACACACACACACUCUCAGGCUGCACACACACACAAACGUAUGCACACACACACACACACAUUCCACAUUUCGCAUUCACAAUAUUAUAUUACUGUGUGAUUUUUCUGAAUCGGUGUUGUUGAAAAGUUCCUCUAUUACUUGAAUCUUCCCCUCUCAGGUGGUCUCAUGGGCCCUAGAGAAGCUGGAGCUGUCCAAGUAUGCAGACAAGCCGGCUGGCACCUACAGUGGGGGAAACAAGCGCAAGCUGUCUACUGCCAUCGCCCUCAUUGGAUACCCCUCUCUUAUCUUCCUGGUUAGACUCACUCAACCCCAUCACCAUGGGUGUGAAUCAAAAUGGCACCCAGUUCCCUAUAUAGUGCACUACUUUUGACCUGGGCCAAUAAGACUCUGGUCAAAAGUAAAGCACUAUAUCGGUAAUAGGGUGCCAUAGGGCUCUGGCUAAUUUUCCUUUUAUUAUAUUUGUACUUUCUCUUAAUUUCUGUCUUGUCUUUUGUUUGAAAACUUCUAAAAGACUUACAAAAAGACAUAUUCUCCUCUGGAUAAGAUAGGGGACACUCAGCUCUGAUUGUGUCCUGUUCUGUAUGUUUGUCCAGGAUGAACCUACUACAGGGAUGGACCCUAAGGCCCGCAGAUUCCUCUGGAACCUCAUCCUUGACAUCAUCAAGACGGGACGCUCUGUGGUGCUGACAUCACACAGGUGAGACACUCAUUCUCAUCAGACAUGCACUGCACACUGUGUGCUGCUAAUGUAUCUACUAUUGCCUGUAUUAUUGAAGUGUGUGGGUAAGAAGUGUGUUAUCACCUGCUAUCCCCUGCCUUACACUCACACCCACGCUUGUUUUUUCCUCCUGCCACUGAUUCUGAUGAUAGCGGUGACUGUCGCUCUGUCUGCUAAAUGACUCAAAUGUCAACUGUGAAUCUCUGUCUCUGCAGUAUGGAGGAAUGUGAGGCUCUGUGCACCAGACUAGGCAUCAUGGUCAACGGCAGGUUCAAAUGCCUGGGCAGCAUCCAGCACCUCAAGAACAGGUCAGAAGAAGUGCACACUCACUCAGCUAAUGCUGGGUGUGGCCUCACUCUGUUGCUAGGCCAACCAGAAGCUUAAGACAUUAUGGGAUGCCAACUCAUCUGCAAUCACCUUUGAAUCAUCCUUAUUUUUUCUAUUUCCUCCACCCUUCAAAUUGUUGUUUGUUUGGUUACACAUCCUGUUAUGUAAUCUGUGGCCCUGUUUAAAUACUUCAGAAAUGCAUCCUUCCUUCCUUAUUUCCUUGAGAUUAGAUAGAUGUAAGCAAGGUUGCCACCCUAUUACUCUCCCAAUCCAACCAAUUUAGAUCUGUGAUUACUUCAAGGAAGAUAGGAAGGAAGGAUGAAUUUAUAAAUGAAGCAAUCAUGGCCUGUGUGUUAUGUCUACUCUCACCCUGGUUGUGUCCCUUCCUUCCUUAGGUUUGGUGAUGGUUACAUGAUCACAGUGCGGACUAGAACCAGUUCCAGUGUGAAGGAGGUGGUGAGAUUCUUCAACAGGAAUUUCCCUGAGGCUGUACUAAAGGUACACAUUAUAUUUGUCAUUUAGCAGACGCUCUUAUGCUAUUUUUAGUGCUACAUUGAUAUUGAUUACUGCAUUGUUGGGUUUGGAGCUUGCAAGAAAGGCAUUUCACUGAACUUGUACACGUGACAUUAAAACUUGAAACCUAUCCAUAGCGACUUACAGUCAGUGCAUUCAAUUAGGGCUCUGUUCAAUCCACAUCGAGGAAGUUCAGCUUUACAGCGUGAUUUAAAUUUAAAGGCAAUGUUCCUGCUUUAGCAGAGAAUGCAUUCACGAUAAACUGGGCGUAUGUCGUCGGCUCAAUCGGAAAUUACCAUUAAAUUAAAGCUUCAGCUUUACAGAUUGAAUAGAGCCCUAAGUUUAGUUAGAAAGAACAACCACACAUCCCAGUUAUUGCAGGUAGACUUUUCUAUCAGCAGAAUCAGUGGCAGGAAGAAAACACAAUUGUAGGUGUGAGUGCAAGUAAGACAAGUUGUUUGAAUUUAAUUGGAUCCAUCCACAGGAGCGCCACCACACUAAGGUCCAGUUCCAGCUGAAGUCCGAGAGGAUCUCCCUGGCCCAGGUGUUCAGUAAGAUGGAGCAGGUGGUGGAGGUGCUGGGGAUAGAGGACUACUCUGUCAGCCAGACCACACUGGACAACGUGAGUUACUCUCACGCUGUGUAUUAGUAAUUUCCACACUGACGCGGUACAGAUUAGGUGAUUUUAAAUGUUUAUUUAAAAAAUGUCAUAGAGAAUUUGAUUUUAAAUCUGUGCACGCACAGACAUUGAUCAUUGCUCCCUUUCAUUUUUGUUUGUUGACUUGAGGAAGGCCUUGCAUCUGAAACAUCUAUGCUAAAAAGUCUCAAUUAUAUCCCCUUGUCUUUGUUUCUCUGCGUUCUCUCCCUCCCACAGGUGUUUGUGAACUUUGCCAAGAAGCAAAGUGACAACCUGGAGCAGCAGGAGAGUUCCCCCCCUGCUGGAGGCCAGUCGCCACUGCAGCGCCUGCUCAGCCUGCUGAGGCCCCGGCCUGCAAAUACGGAGCUCAGCGCCCUGGUCAGCGAAGAGCCGGGGGAACUGGAGAGUGACGACGAUGAGGGCCUCAUCAGCUUUGAAGAGGAGAGGGUGAGAGGCGGGAAGAGCGAGGAGGAGAAAGAGGAGGAGAGGGUGUGAAGGGAAGAGAGGGUGUGAGGGGAGAGGAGAAGACUGAGAAAGUUAGAUGGGAUGUUGUCUACAUAGACACACUGUGCAGAUCAGACUUAAACUUAAUAAGUAUUAAGUAAGUACUUAACUGUAAGUAAACUUGACUGUAUUUUAUCCUUUACUAAUCACCUGUUGUCUCCAUGGCAGGUGCAGCUCUCCUUUAACACAGAUACUGUCUGUUGAACUGUGGAAACUCAGAGAGGGGGCGUGGCUGGACAGACAAUGUCGGAGGGGGAAACUCGGAGAGGGUGUGGCUAGAUAUAUAAAGUGGGAGGAGGAAACUCAGAGAGGGUGUGUCUAUUAGAAAGAGAGAGGAGGAAAUGUACAUCAGUGGAGGCUGGAGGGAGGAGCUAUAGGAGGAUGGGCUCAUUGUAAUGGCUGGAAUGGAAUAAAUGGAACGGUAUCAAACAUAUGGAAACCACAUGUUUGACUCCGUUCCAUUGAUUUUAUUCCAGCCAUUACAAUGAGCCCAUCCUCCUAUAGCUACUCCCACCAGCCUCCACUGAUUUACAUGUACUAGGAAGAGAAUGUACCUGUUCAUUUUGGAUGGGAAGACAACCGUCUCUCUCUAUCUACCCAAGGGAAAGUAAGAUGCAUUUCAUUUUUUGCCUCAAGCACCUAACAGUGACAGAGACUGAGGAUUGGACUCAGAGAAGGAGAUGCAGUGGGACAGAGAGGAGAAGGACAGAGAAGUGA